UUAGCGGAAGCAGGCUAACAAACCCUAGCCCCCAUCUUAUUCCCUCACUCCCUCUAUAAAUAAUCUUCGUCGAAGCCCUUGCGAGCGGUAGCCGCAUCAACUCACAAUGGGUAUCGAUCUCGUCGCCGGCGGCAGGAGCAAGAAGACGAAGCGCACCGCUCCCAAAUCUGAUGAUCCGUACCUCAAGCUCCUCGUCAAGCUGUAUAAGUUUUUGGUGAGAAGGACUGAGAGCAGCUUCAAUGCUGUGAUCUUGAAGAGGUUGUUCAUGAGCAAGACCAACAAGCCCCCGAUCUCGCUCAAGAGACUCGUUAGCUUCAUGAAAGGAAAGGACGACAAGAUUGCAGUAAUUGUGGGUACUGUGACUGAUGAUAAGAGGCUUUAUGAGGUUCCUGCAAUAAAGGUAGCGGCUUUGAGGUUUACGGAGACUGCAAGGGCCAGGAUUCUUAAGGCUGGUGGGGAGUGCUUAACCUUUGAUCAGCUUGCUCUUAGGGCUCCUCUUGGUCAAAACACGGUUCUUCUCAGGGGACCGAAGAACUCUAGGGAGGCAGUGAAGCACUUUGGUCCAGCUCCUGGUGUGCCACACAGCCAUACUAAGCCUUAUGUCCGUUCAAAGGGGAGGAAGUUUGAAAAGGCUAGGGGUAGGAGGAACAGCAGGGGCUUUAGGAACUGAGUUAUGUUUGUUAUUAUGCCGAUUGCUUGUUUUGUGGAGAACUAUGAAAUAUUCGAGGCUUAUCUUCGUUAUUUCAGUUAAUUCAGGAGAGAAUAUCAGAGCUCUCUUUUGUUUGUUGCAGCUCGCUUAUAGGAUUUUGAAAUCUUUUGCGUGGGACACUGUGGCUAGGCCGCUUGUUUUUUCAGUUGAUUCAGUAAAAGACUAUCAGAGUUCUCUUUUGUUU